GAGCGAGCCCUUUUCCCGCUGCCCGGGCUGAGCAAAAAGUGCGGUUUGGGCGGUCGGGACGUCUUUCCAGCAACCGACGGGUCGGCAGAAGCGAGCGAGGAGAGGUGCAAGGAGCAGAAGCAAGCAGCCCAGCUUGGGUCUUUGGUGGAAACUGGCCAAGAUGCAUUUAUUGGAUAAUGAAAUCACUGUGGCAUUUUUGAGAUAUGCAACCAUUCUUAUAGUGAAAAUGAUGCUCAUGAGCUCCAUCACGGCUUUCUUCCGAAUGAGGAAAAAGGCAUUUGUUAAUCCUGAAGAUACAACAUCGUUUGGAAAAGGAGAGAAUGCGAAAAAAUAUCUAAGGACCGAUCCUGAUGUGGAACGUAUACGCAGAAUCCAUCUCAACGACCUGGAGAACAUUUUUCCAUUUAUUUUUGCUGGGUUUUUCUACUCUAUGAGUGGUGUGAACCUCUCUACUGCUUUGCUGCACUACCGGAUUUUUCUUGGUUCUAGGAUCUUCCACACCAUUGCUUACCUGAUACCUCUUCCCCAGCCCAGUAGAGCUUUGGCUUGGAUGGCUGGUUACUUAGUCACCUUUUCAAUGAUAUACAGGGUUAUAAUGAUGGCUUUCGUUACGUCUUAGAAAAGAAAGCUAAUACUAUUUUCAGCCUGUUGUACUUUGCAGGGUGCCUUAUCCAGCCAAUAGAAGAGAAUAUAUUUAGCUCUGGGUUGAACUGUGGAGUCCUUGGUGCUUUCUGAACUUGUUUGUUUGUUUGCAAAUGUCACAUUACCCAAAUAGGUAACACUAUCAGUGCUAGUGAGUGUGGAGUGUGCUGCUUCUGGUGGGAGUGUGGUUUUCUCCUUGGGUGUUUCCUUGAUUCGAGGAACUAUCAAGGCCAUAUGAACGUGACAAAUAAAUAAAUCUGCUUGAAUCAAGGAAUUAUCAAAGGGAAAAACCAUAGCCCCACUAAAACUGGCGGGACAGGCUACUGCAUAUGAAUACCCCACACUAGCUAGCAUUGAUAAUGUUACCUAAUCGGGUAAUGAAACGCCUGCAAACGACCAAGCUCAACAAGCACCAAGGACUCCGUCAUUAAUUCUUCCUCAGAGAAACUCUUUCCUAUCUGCCUCCCAACUUUCCAGUGUAUAUUUGUGCCUUCUAGGAUGUUGGAUCUCUCAGCUGCCUUCUGGACCUGACAUUUCUGAACUCUUUUUGCCAUUAUAUGCUAAAACUGGUAUAUGGAGAAUCUUUUCCCAAGGAAAUGUGUCCCCUGAUACUUCCUCUUAAGGAAGCAUCACUCAAUGAUAGCGCAAAUACUUUUGUGUCCUAGCCACAACCUCUGUUAGCCUACAAAGUCACAUAUAAGACAGUGGUUAUAUUCUUUGUCUCUCCUUGCUUCCUCUCACUCUCAAUAUGUGAGAAAUUCAGUGUGAGUGAUUACAUGUGAGGCCAUUAUAUACACAAAACAUUGGCUGAGGUGAUUUCUCUCCACAGUCUUGCCUUUUUUCAACAUCACUGAAGCUGGUUGCCUCUUUAUCCUCUUGUUGUUGUCUUGUCUAAUGCUCAUGUUUUCUAUUUUCCAAAUAAGCUUGCCAGCCGUGACAUACACGGGGAUAAUUUUCUUAGAAAGUGCCGAAUGUGGAAGACUGACAAUAAAACAGCAUUCUCUAACUUAGGCCCAUCGUGAUAACUUGGGAUCAUUAUCAAUGGUUCUGGCUUGAUAGUAACAAAAGUUGUAGAUGACAUUUAGAGAGCUGCAAGCUGGAGAAGAUUAUUACUAAGAAUGGCCGUCCUCUUUGCCCUUACAGUUAAAUCAGUUUGAUGGCUGGUGACAAAAAAAAAACCAAGGACCAGUUGGAUUUCUGAUUUGAUCCACUAAGUCUUUCUUGGAUUUGCUUCCUUGUUUGUUUCAGAGUUAUGAGGGAAGGGAAAACGUUCUCCACUUUCCAAGAUCUGGAAUCUGGCCUACUAUAAGAGAUGGUAGAAUCCCUUUUCUGGAGUAUUAAUUUUUCUAGGAUAUUAAUUCUUUAGCUUGUCAUUUUUGAGAUACUGCAUUAUCUCUGUAAUAAAUGCAGAACAUAUGAGAAGCAAAUAUGGCUUACUCAAUGGUACAUCUUGAGUGGCUGAGGUACAGUCUUCCAGAUGGCCUUGGAAUACAACUCCUUUCGUCCCUGGUGUUUAACUGUGCUAACUGAUGAAUAUUGGAAGUUCAGCAAUAUUCAUACAUUUUAGUAGGUCUGGGAAGUUAACAAGUGCAUUUGAAACUCACAAAACAUCUUAGUUAACAGCUCUUUAGCCCUGUUAACUUCUCAUCUUCAUCCUGAGUUGAGUUCUUGUUUGGUUCCUGAAUAGUAAAUUUGAGCCUAUGGUUCUGAAUAAUAGUUCUACAACAUCUGAAGAGCCAUGGAUUUUCCACCCCAUUCUAUGUUUUAGGUGCACAAGGCCAGAGGCUAAAAGUUCUAGACCAAUUCACAGAAUUUGCACAGAGUGGAUGUGCUUUGAAUGUUUCACCAAGUUUGACGUUCCUCGUGUUCUGUCAGCAUUCCAAAUACUUGGGUUAAAUUGAAGCUGGUUUCUGUUCCUGUCUAUGUUUGUUAAGGUUUGAACCUUGUGAGCAACUUCCUUUUUUCCUCCUUUUCUCCUUCACAUAUUGUCUUAGCUCACGUGAGCUUUACGGUUUUUAAUGUGCACUCUCUUUUGAGAGCAUAUGUGAAUAGUAAUUUUCUACAUAUGCUAUUUUGGGAUGUAUCUUUUUGAAGCAUAAAUAAUAAAGACAACAGCAGGGGAAAAAAAAAA